AGCUUCGAGGGAGCAAAGGAGCCAACACGAGACCACCAACGACGAACACCGCUAUUCACCACGACCAUGUCGACCCCCGGCCCCUUUUCGGACGCAGACAUGGCUGAUGCAGCCUCGCCGCUCAACUUUCCCUCGAGCAGCCCGGCCAAGAGCGUCCCCUCUUCGGGGGCCGCUCGUCGCCAGCAGCUUCGAGCAAGCUCAGGAGCGCCCGGCGGAUCUUCUCCUCUUCAUUUCCCCUCGUCGUCUCCCUCGGGACGUUCUCGUCGCAGCAUCCUGCAGACGCCAACGGGUAACCGCGGCGGUCAGCGUCGAGGUGCGCCUUCGAGCAGCCUGAUGAGUGGUGACGAGCCCCUCUUUUUCCCCAGCUCCAGCGCCUCUUCCACGCCUCGGAAUGCCCGCGGCGAGCUGAGGCCCAUGACCGAGUCUUCUCCUGCCGCUCAGCGUCGCCAGCACAACAUGAGCGUCGGUGCUGGCGCUCGUGCUGGUGCUGGUGCUCAUGCUGCCGGCAGCAGCGCCUCCGAUGGAGAAUACGCUCGCAGUGACUUCACCCUCUCGCAGCAAGCACUGACGACGGACCCAGCCGCCUAUGCUGGCAACGAAGACAGCCGCGUCAUCUGGGGCACCAUGGUGUCCAUCGUCGACACCCAGGCCGACUUCCGCGCCUUUCUUCACAGCUUCCGCAUCAAGUACCGCUGGGCCCAUCUCCGUGCUCAUGGUCACCCCACCGCAGGCGCCGGCAAGACGCACGCCGAGGCUGAGGAGCUCCUCUACCAGGGCUACAUGCGCCAGAUGCGCCAGACAGACCAGUCGUGCCUCAAUGUCCGCGUCGCCGACCUGGCCGCGUUUGGUCCGACGAGGAAGGUGGCCCUGAACCUGGUCAAGUACCCGAGCGAGAUGAUUCCGCUCAUGGACCAGGUCCUCAAGGACGAGAUGAUCCAGCUGGCCAAUGACGAUCGCGAUGCCGGCAUCCACGGCAUGCGCGGCGAGGCCGGCCAGGCCAUCAUCGACGUCGUCCAGAGUGGCGUCUGGAAGGUGCGAGUGUUUGGUCUCGACUCGAUCAACAUGCGCGACCUGAACCCCAACGACAUCGACCAGCUGGUCACCGUGCGCGGCCUCGUCAUCCGUGCCACGCCCAUCAUCCCCGACAUGCGCAAGGCCUUCUUCCGCUGCCUGGUCUGCCACCACCACGUCGAGGUCGAGCUGCACCAGGGUCGUAUUGCCGAGCCCGACCGCUGCCCGCGCACCAGCUGCAACCAGAAGGGCACCAUGUCUCUCAUCCACAACCGCUGCGACUUUGCCGACCGGCAAGUCGUCCGCCUCCAGGAGACGCCCGACGUGGUUCCCGACGGCCAGACUCCCCACAGCGUCACUUUGUGCGUGUACGACGAGCUGGUGGAUGUGGCCAAGCCAGGUGACCGGGUCGAGAUCACGGCCAUCUUCCGGUCUCAGGCUGUGCGCGUCAACCCGCGGAUGCGGUCGCAGAAGAGCCUCUUCAAGACGUUCCUCGAUGUCGUCCACAUCAAGCGCGGCGACGCAAAAAGGCUCGGCGUCGAUGCCAGCACGCGCCAAGAGACGGAGAAGAGCCUCUCUGUUGCCAGGGGAAGCCAGACCGUCGGUGUGGGCGGCGAGGACGACGACGAGGACAUCGAUGUCAGUGCGGGCAUUGCCCAGAUGCAGCACGAUGGUGACGAGCAGCAGCAGCAGCAGCAAGAGCAGUCGCAGCAGCAGUCGCUCGAGGAGAAGCUGAGGAGCAUCGCUGACCGGCCCGACGUGUACGAUGUUCUCUCGAGGAGCCUGGCCCCCAGCAUUUACGAGAUGGACGACGUCAAGAAAGGAAUCCUUCUCCAGCUCUUUGGCGGCACCAACAAGACAAUCGGCACCGGCGGAGGUGCAGGUGGGCCCCGCUACCGUGGCGACGUCAAUGUCCUCAUGGUGGGAGACCCGGGCACGUCCAAGUCGCAGAUCCUCCAGUACGUGCACAAGAUUGCGCCCAGGGGCGUGUAUGCGUCUGGAAAGGGAAGCAGUGCCGUCGGUCUCACGGCCUACGUCACGCGAGACCCAGACACCAAGCAGCUCGUCCUCGAGAGCGGUGCCCUGGUUCUCUCCGACGGUGGUGUGUGCUGCAUCGACGAAUUCGACAAGAUGAAUGACGGCACUAGGAGUGUGCUGCACGAGGUCAUGGAGCAGCAGACGGUCUCGAUCGCAAAAGCUGGCAUCAUCACGACGCUCAAUGCUCGUACCUCGGUCCUGGCCGCCGCCAACCCCGUCGGAUCAAAGUACAACAUCCGGCUGCCUAUCACCAAAAACAUCGACCUACCCCCCACGCUCAUCUCGAGGUUCGACCUCGUCUACCUCGUCCUGGACAAGGUCGACGAGCAGUCAGAUCGCCGAUUAGCCCGUCACCUGGUUGGACUCUACCUCGAGGACACUCCCAACAACGGCAACAGCGACGAGAUCCUGCCUGUCGAGACGCUCACCGCCUACAUCUCCUAUGCGCGCAACCAUAUCAACCCCGUCAUCACCGCCGAGGCUGGCCAGGCACUGGCGAAUCACUACGUGGAGCUGCGCAAGGCGGGCGGCGCCGAUCCACGGAGCGCAGAGAAGCGCAUCACGGCGACGACGCGGCAGCUCGAGUCUGGCAUCCGGCUCUCGGAGGCGCACGCGCGCAUGCGUAUGAGCGAGCACGUCACCGUCGACGACGUUGACGAGGCAUUCAGGCUGAUCCGCGAGGCUUCCAAGUCGAGCGCGACGGACCCUACGACGGGCCUCAUCGAUUUGGACCUCAUCAACACUGGCAAGGGACAGGCGCAGCGCAAGAUGGCUGGCGACCUCAAGCGCGAGAUCCUCGUGCUCCUCGACCGGCUCGGGGGCGGUGCAGGCGCCGAAGGCGGCGCAAAGGCCGUGCGCUACAAUGAGGUUCAUCGCCAGCUCAACGAACAGAGCACCGUCCAGACGGACGCCACCGAGCUGUGGAACGUCGUGCGGGAGCUCGAGUCCGAAGCUCAGGUCCGCGUUGCGGGGCAUGGCGACCGGAGGACGAUUCGCAAGAUUGCAGCUUAAUAUCCCUUUUUCUAUCUCUUCAUACAUGUCUCUGGUCUCUUGUUUUGUUGUAGUUGCCCUCUUUAUCUUCUUUGCUUGCGAGAAUGGUU